CCGGGUGGGAGGCAGCGUUGACUCCGCAGCGGGUGCAAGAUGCGCUCAGAGAAGGAGGGGGCGGGAGGCUCCGGGGCGGCCGUUGCCGCGCGGGGCCCGAGCGGGAGGGAAAAGGUGUCUGCUGUGGAAGUCCAAUUCCGCCGGGAGUCGCCGCGGCGAGAACCAGAGGUGCCACCAGCCUCGUCCUUCGGCUGUGGGGGCAGUACAAGCAAACCUCGCGAGGAGAAGAAGACAGUUCUGAGCAAGGUGGUGAUCCGGCGGCUGCCUCCCGGCCUCACCAAGGAGCAGCUGGAGGAGCAGCUGCACCCGCUGCCCGCGCACGACUACUUCGAGUUCUUCACGGCCGACUUGAGUCUUUAUCCUCAUCUUUACUCAAGAGCAUACAUUAAUUUUAGAAAUCCUGAUGACAUCCUUCUUUUUAGAGAUCGUUUCGAUGGCUAUAUCUUCAUCGACAGUAAAGGCCUAGAAUAUCCUGCGGUGGUAGAGUUUGCCCCAUUCCAGAAGAUAGCCAAAAAGAAAAUAAAGAAAAAAGAUGCCAAAACUGGAAGCAUUGAAGAUGAUCCAGAAUAUAAGAAGUUUUUGGAAACUUACUGUGUGGAGGAAGAGAAACCUAAUGCCAAUCCUGAAACUCUCCUGGGAGACAUAGAGGCAAAGACUAGAGAACUUAUUGCUAGAAGAACCACACCUCUUUUGGAAUAUAUUAGAAAUAGAAAAUUAGAGAAGCAGAGGAUUCGAGAAGAGAAGCGAGAAGAACGAAGAAGAAGGGAGCUGGAGAAGAAGCGUUUACGGGAAGAAGAAAAGAGAAAAAAGAGAGAAGAGGAGAGGUGUAAGAGGAAAGAGGCAGACAGACAGAAGAGAGCUGCUGAGAGAGAAGUAAGGAUUAAGCUUCUUAAGAAACCGGAAAAGGGGGAGGAACCAACUGAAAAGCCAAAAGAAAGAGCAGAGGAAGUGGAUAUUGGAGAUGGAAAACGGGAGCCCUGUGCUGGCUGUGCUGUCCUGAAGCCCACGCCCUUUGGGAGCUUGGUGGAGGAGCCCAGGGGAAAGUCACAGAAUGACAGUGAUAAAGAGCAAAGGGAGAUGGAGAGAAGGUUUCGAGAAAAAGAGCCUGAAACACAAAGAUGCCACGUGGACGACAGCAGAAAGCACAGAGCUCACUGUGAAUUCGACAAGUUUUCAAGGAGAAACGAAGAAGAGCCAAAAUGGGGGAAAGGAGUCCUCCCAGACACAGGGAAGAAGGGGAAACAGGACAGUGGCGUCCCUGUGGAGGCAGCAGAGUGGCCCGGGAGAGAGCACAGUAGUGAAGGCGGCCCAGCAUCCAAAGUGGAGCGUCCAGGAAACAAGGACCGGCCAGCCUUGCAGCUGUACCAGCCAGGAGCUCGCAUCCGAGCACGAGAAACUGGUGGGCGAGUCUCCGUGGAGGGCCGUGAUGGGAGCAGGGGCGAGGCUGAAGAUUCGGCGUGGGCUGGUUCCCAGAAGAGUGAAGAGGCAGGGUGAGUCCGCGCGCACGCUUGGUGGGACGCUCCCAUUCGGCGUUUCAUGGGUUAGAAAGGGCAUCCAGAAGUGCAUCAAUUAGCC